AUGAAUGUACCUAGCGACCAUCUAUAUAUUGCAUCUGCGGAUUUUUCUAAACAUUCGAUUGAACUGCCGAUAAAAUUCGUAUCACGGGAAAUCCAGACAACGGCCUUAUUGGAUUCUGGAGCAUUCUCCUGCUACAUUGAUCAGAGAUGCGCUCAAAAAUACGAGUUUAAGAUGAUAUCACUGAACUGUGAAAUAAGAAUCCUCAACACAGACGCCAGCCCCAACAAGGGUGGCACAAUUACUCAUCGUAGUUUGCUCAUCACAAACCUCGGACACAUGUCAAUGAUCCUUGGCAUGAAGUUUCUACAAGAACACAACCCCCGAGUUGACUGA